GGAAUGGGCGGUGCCGGAAGUUACGCUGUGAGAGGGUCGAGUUUCCGGCGCGGGGAAGGCUCCGUUGCUGCCCUCCAGGGAGCGUCGGUUGGCUCGCCCCUCUUUCCGCGGUCAUGCUGUUCUUCUGAGCCAUGGGCGCCAGCGGCUCCAAGGCUCGAGGCCUCUGGCUCUUUGGCUCGGGUGGGCCAGGCAGCUCCGAGAGGUCAGCCGGCGAUCAGACGCUGGCUCGAGCUCGGGGACUCUGCUCGGCUACCCCCUUCGUCUUCACCCGCCGCGGCUCUAUGUAUUAUGAUGAAGAUGGUGACCUUGCACAUGAGUUUUAUGAGGAGACAAUAAUCACCAAGAAUGGGAGGAAGCGUGCCAAGCUCAAAAGAAUUCACAAGAACCUAAUACCUCAGGGCAUGGUGAAACUGGAGCAUCCUCGAAUUCAUGUGGACUUCCCUGUUAUCAUCUGUGAGGUCUGAGCCAAGAGAAAGUUAACUGUGUGCUGUCAGUACAUCUUAUUUGCCCAGUUUUACUGUACCACAUGUAAACCAUGCUAGGCAGCCACAUGUCCCUGCAGAGGAUGAACUGAGAGCACAAACAGACAGCAGGCUUUGAUGCUUCUCUGUUUGGAGGCAGUGACAGCAACUGCGGCAGUGGGCACACUUCUGACUAUCAGGCAUAAUAUUGUCUAAGGAUGUAUAUUAGUGGGACCUGUGUCAGAUGAAAAGUUGGGCCUUGAUUAGGAGCCUAUUCAAAAUUUCCUUCAGUGAAUCAACUACAACCUAUUAAGCAGCUGCUAAUUGAUGCUUAGGUGGCAGCAGAUGUCAAAUGUCUUGACACUAGAGAGCCAACUUGCACUUUUUCAGGAACAGAUAUUCUGCGUGAUUACCCCAGCCAGCUUUUACAAAAGUUGAUAGUAACAUUUCAAGAUGAGUAAAGGUGAGCAGAAAACUUCUUAUGCUUCUUUGUCCACUCACCCACUUAACUUAUAAGCAUGGGCUGAAAGACUAAUACUGAACUAUGUCUUCGUGGAGGCAGGGAAAGUAAUGUUGCACUUAAUAAACUGUUCAAAACAGAAUCAUUUUUGAAGUGGUCAUAGGAAACAGACCAACACGUAGGUUUUCCUCUCUUUGUUAUAUUUCCCUUUGGAGUUGCACUAUUUUCUUUGCAGGUUUCAUCUUUUUGAACUUUGCAAGAUGGACUAAAGAUGUGAAGUAGCAUCUGGAUAUGAAGCUUUUCUGUUAAAGUGCACCAAAUAUAUUACAUCUUAGGAAGCAUUUAUCUUUCAAGUGAAUCUAUAAGAUCCUUCCCUCACCUAGAGCUCUCCAAUAAAUAAUAGAGCACAGUGACUGUAGGGCCAGUGAUUUUGCUAACUGGAGCUGAUAAGAUUCAUAGUCCAGGACCUUCUCCGGAGAGCCCCUUGUCAGAAGAACAGAUUUCUCUCUUCAUUCUUGUGGUAGAAUAACUUAUUCCCAUAUUGGUUUCCCAUGUUGUACCUGGAGAACCUCCACCUAUGUCCUCCACAUGUUGCUGAAUUGAAGAUUCAAGCAUCCUGCAUCAUCGGCCAUGUUCUCUGGGACUGCUGGGGAGACAAAAGUUUCCAUCUCUUUCUUAGGUUUCCAUCUCUUUCUUAGGACAACUUUGCUUUGGUCAAGAUGUUUGUCACCUAAUUUGGCUGUAUAUUUUCCCCUUCAUCUUCCUCUGCCAGCAAAUAAUAACAAAAUCCUGUGAUCUUCCUUUGGCAGAUGCCUUGGAUUGGACCAAGUAGUGUCUGAUGUGGGGAUAAUGCAGCACACUUCAAAGAAAAGUUAUAUCUUUUCUAUUUUGAAGGGCCUUGCCCUUCUCCCUGAUGUAUGAAUGUGAAAUGUUUUGCUAUGGUACUGAUAGCUGAGCAAGUACUGAAGCAGUAUGCCUACCUCUUCAUCCCAGGCUUCUUGCUUUCACGAUGUAGAGCUACCUACUGCUGAGAGGUGAUCAGGCAAACCCUGUUAAAGGCACUCUUACGAAGAGGCUUUCAUAUGCAAUGUACAACCAAAAGAUCCUUGCCUGCCUGCCUGCCUUUUUACCCACCCAUCAGACUUUGUAUUAAGCUUUAAAACUGGAGUGUGGGUGGGUUCAUUGCACAUCAUAUUUCUUUCCCAGACUGUGUCGUUGCCUUUCUGAGCACUUCAGGCAUUGCUACCUCAAUGUUCAGUAUAAUUAGCUUGUACACAGUUGCAUCACAAUAUUAGUAAGUUAAUGUACAUCCUUUCAUGUCCACCCAUGCAAAGGAAAUCAUUUCUAAGCAUUAAAAGCCUAAGUAGAAGUGUUAAGGAAUGCAUAUAGCAGUGCUGACAGAGGUCUACCUAGUCACUCUUAUCUUCACCCCUCUUAGCUACAAGUCUGUGUUACAUAUUAGGAUUGAUACUUGGAGCAAUUUGUUUAUUCAGUUGCCACUGCUUUGCCAUUCAGAAAUCAGGUUAUGAAUUUACAAUUGUAUGAUUGCCUGUGAAUAGAAAGUGUACAACCAGCCAACACUCCCCUUAUGUAGUGAAAUCUGAAUUUUGAUUCACUUUUAAUAGCGUGAUAAUCAGAAUCUGACAUUUCUGAUCUUUAUUAGGGAAGGAAAUUUCAUUGCAGUGAAACAAGAGCAUCCUGCGGAUCCGAGAUGAGUUUGCAAACUUGCUGGGUCAACAAAUACUCCCAUCUCAGCAUGAUGGUCCAUAAUGAAUCAUAGGUUGUCAUCGAGCUGAACCAUGCUACUUCUUGAGUAAUUGAAGGGAAGGCUGCUUACUUACCUCAGAAGUAGGUCGGAAGAAGCAGUGUUGGAUCAUAUUUUAUCUUCAGAAUAGAAAGUUCUACUCCCCAAUCUGGAGAUUUUAUUCAUGGGAGAUAGUGAAAGCCUUGUUGGUAACAGUCUUUCUUGUAUCUACGUUUCUAAAAUACCUGGUUUUAUGUUCUUCCAGUGGUUAUUUUUUGAGCAAGCAAAUGCCCUGUGAUCAGAAAACUACUGUGCUAUGUUGGAUUUCAUUUUCUCGUGACUUGCGCAGCAAGUUGCUCCCACUCUUUUUCUGACAGGCAUCUAAAUAGAGCCUCUAUGUAAAGGAGGUCUCAUUUCUGCCGAGCUUGACAUCUCCUAAGCUGCAAGAGAAUACCAGCAGCUGACAUCUCUUAAUUUCUCCAAGGCCGGCUCCUUGCCUGUCCACUGUGUCUCCAGAUGUGCCGUUGUCUGCUGGGAUUCUGCCACCCCUCUCAUCUUGCUUUCUAGCAGCUCUGCCCUUCGUGCAAAUGGUAGCUGUGAUCAGGGAGAGGGCUUGCGGAGACUAUAUAGGAUGCUGAUACUGUGAAAGCAGAUGACGUUGGUAUAUAGACAAAAAUAUUGAUAUAUAUCACUAUCUUUGGAAUAAGCAAAAAGUUCUAUUUCAUUUUAAUGAUCCUUCCGUGCGUGUGGUUGUGUAGAACUGAACCCACUAGCACUGCCCUUUCUGUUCUUGUAGCAUACAGAAAGGAAUCCUGGAGGGAAACAUGUAUAAUAUCUAUUUCCUCUGCCUUGAAGUGCAUUUGUUGAAUUUUGUUAAAUUUCAAUAAAAUUGUUUGUAUAUCCCAGAA